AUGGGUUUCUUACUAUCCAAUUAUCAACUCACAAUAUGUAUCCUCCUGUAUUCCCUAAUUUUCUGCUUCUCUUCUUCUGCACAUCUUUGCCAUAAUGACGAGAGCACUGCUUUGCUCCAAUUUAAGCAAUCCUUUUCCUUCAAUUGCUCUGCUUGCGUUUGCCCUGGUCCAUAUACUGAUAAUUGGAAAGAGGGUACAGAUUGUUGUGCAUGGGAUGGGGUCACAUGUGAUAACACCACUUCUCAUGUCAUUGGCCUCCACCUCAAUUGUAACUGCCUAUAUGGUACCAUCCAUCCAAACAGCAGCCUCUUCAAUCUUGUUCACCUUCAACACCUCUACCUUUCUGGAAACAACUUCAAUCACUCUCAAAUUUUACCUUCAUUUGGCCAUUUCACAAAUUUGACCCAUCUUCACCUCCAUUACUCCCAUCUUUCUGGCCCAAUACAAUCAUUAGAAGAAGAAGAAGUCUGGCAAGGGAAUAACUUCUCCAAUAGCAUUUUCCACUUACAGAAAUUGCAGGAGCUGCUGUUAGGCGGUAACAGAGAACUCACAGGUAAACUUCCAAGUUUUAUUAAUGGAACUCUCUGGCACCUUAGGCACCUUAGGUCGUUGGAUCUCUCUGAAAUAGAUUUCACCGGACAGCUACCUAAUUCCAUCGGCCAACUUGAGUACUUGGAGGUGCUACGCCUCGCUGCCUGCAAUUUCUCUGGUACGAUUCCGAGAUCGCUUACAAACCUCACGCGAUUAAUUUCGCUUGAUCUUAGCUUUAAUAAAUUGAUCAAUGGUCAAUUCCCAUCUUCAAUCGGCCAUCUUAAAAACUUGGAGGAGCUAUACCUCAUUGACUGCAAUUUCUCUGGUACGAUUCCGAGAUCGCUUACAAACCUCACGCGAUUAAUUUCGCUUGAUCUUUCAUACAACAAUUUUGAAGGCCCAAUUCCUCAACUUUUUUCCAACUUCUCGCAACUUCAAUCUAUAGGCUUCUCAAACAAUCAACUAACAGGUCCCAUUCCAUCAUCAAUAACUGGCCUUCCAAAUCUACAGUAUCUAUUUUUAGGCAGUAACUCAAUCAAUGGGACAAUACCUCCUUCCUUGUUUCAUCUUGUGAACCUUACCUCUCUUGAUCUUUCGUCAAAUAAUUUAAGCGACACUGUUAAGCUGGACAAGUUUGCAAAGCUUGAAUAUUUGGAUUCUUUGGAUCUUUCAAACAGUGGUCUAUCAUUGACCACCACCAACUCCACUCCCUCCUCUUUCCGAAACAUUGGGCUAUUACGAUUGUCGUCUUGCAACAUAAAUAAAAUUCCUGAAUUUCUGAAAACCCGAAUGGAAUUGUUGGGGGCACUAGACCUUUCGAACAACCACCUAAAUGAAGAACUCAAUCCAUUAUGCAAUCUUCAUUCUCUUACAUAUCUCGAUCUGUCCAAUAACCAAUUUGGCGGAUUAAUCCCUACCUGUUUGGGGAACUUCAGUAGAGAUUUAAUGGUGUUAAAUUUGCAGAGUAACAAUUUCAGUGGGACCAUCCCUCAAACUUUUGGAUAUGCAAGCCGGUUGGAAGAACUUGACAUUAGCAACAAUGGAUUGCAAGGGGUGCUUCCAAGAUCAUUGGCGAAUUGCACGUACCUAGAAACUUUGAAUGUGGGUCAUAAUUUCAUAGAAGAUGCUUUUCCAUUUUGGUUGGAGAACCUGCCCCAAUUGAAGAUUAUUGUCUUGCGAGAUAAUAAAUUCCAUGGCCCCAUACCAAGGAAAAGAUUAGCCUUCACCAAUUUACAUAUCAUAGACAUGUCUCACAAUGAAUUUACAGGCACUUUGCCCUCAGAACACUUUGAGAACAUGCAUUCAAUGAUGAUGGAUGAUGAAGACAAAUCCUCCUUAAAUUAUAUGGGCACUGGUUAUGGUAAUGGUUAUCGUUAUUAUUCGGUAACCAUAAUGAAUAAAGGACUGGAAAUGACACUCGUAAGGAUCAUCACCAUCUUCAAAGCUGUUGAUUUCUCACACAACAAGUUUGAUGGAAAGAUUCCCAUAUCUAUUGGAAGACUCAAAGCCCUCCGUGUCCUAAAUUUUUCUAGAAAUGGCUUCACAGGUUCAAUUCCAUUGUCCUUGGUGAAUCUAACUGAGCUUGAGUCCUUGGAUCUAUCCCAAAAUAAGCUCUCUGGUGAGAUACCUCAACAACUAACAAGCUUGACAUUCCUUGAAGUUUUUGAUGUCUCGCAAAAUAAUCUAACUGGGAUUAUACCACGAGGCCAGCAAUUUGAAACAUUUUCAAACACUUCAUAUGAGGGAAAUCUAGGCUUGUACGGGUUUCCAUUGUCAAAGAAUUGUGGGAAUGUCCAAAUAGCAGAAUCACCAACUUUACCAUCCUCAUUUAGCCACAAUUUUAAGUUCAAAUUUGAUGGCUUUGGUUGGGAAGCUGUGUUGAUGGGAUAUGGGUGUGGAGUAUUGCUUGGUUGGUUGAUUGGAAGUUACAUUAUUCAAAGGAAAGAAGAAUGGCUCGAGCUGCAGUUAAGCGGUAACAGAGAACUCACAGGUAAACUUCCAAGUUUUAUUAAUGGAACUCUCCGGCACCUUAGGCACCUUAGGUCGUUGGCUCUCUCUGAAAUAGAUUUCACCGGAGAGCUACCUAAUUCCAUCGGCCAACUUGAGUACUUGGAGGAGCUAUACCUCUAUGACUGCAAUCUCUUCGGUACCAUUCCGACAUCGCUUGGAAACCUCAAGAAACUAAGAAUGUUAGCUCUUGGAGGGAAUAACUUCAACAAUGGUCAAUUCCCAUCUUCAAUCAGCCAUCUUAAAAACUUGGAGGAGCUAUACCUCCAAAGCUGCAAUUUCUUUGGUACCAUUCCGACAUCGCUUGGAAACCUCAAGAAACUAAGAAUAUUGUAUCUUCCAGGGAAUAACUUGAUCAAUGGUCAAUUCCCAUCUUCAAUCGGCCAUCUUAAAAACUUGGUGGAGCUAAACCUCGCCGACUGCAAUUUCUCCGGUUCGAUUCCAAGAUCGCUUACAUACCUCACGCGAUUAACCUCGAUUGAUCUUUCAUACAACAAUUUUGAAGGCCCAAUUCCACAACUUUUUCUCAACUUCUCGCAACUCUAUUAUGUAGAUUUCUCAAACAAUCAACUAACAGGUCCCAUUCCAUCAUCAAUAACUGGCCUUCCAAGUCUACUGUAUCUAAAUUUAGGCAGUAACUCAAUCAAUGGGACAAUACCUCCUUCCUUGUUUCAUCUUGUGAACCUUACCUCUCUUGAUCUUUCGUCAAAUAAUUUAAGCAACACUGUUGAGCUGGACACAUUUGCAGAGCUUGAAUAUUUGGAUUAUUUGGAUCUUUCAAACAGUGGUCUAUCAUUGACCACCACCAACUCCACUCCCUCCUCUUUCCGAAACAUUAGGACAUUACGAUUGUCGUCUUGCAACAUAUGUAAAAUUCCUGAAUUUCUGAAAACCCGAACGAAAUUGUUGGAGGUGCUAGACCUUUCGAACAACCACCUAAAUGAAGAACUCAAUCCACUCUGCAAUCUUCAUUCUCUUCGAUAUCUCAAUCUGUCCAAUAACCAAUUUUCCGGAUUAAUCCCUACCUGUUUGGGGAACUUCAGUGGAAAUUUAAGAAACAAUUUCCAUGGUACCAUCCCUCAAACAUUUGGAUAUGCAAGCAUGUUACUGGAACUUGACAUUAGCCACAAUGGAUUGCAAGGGGUGCUUCCAAGAUCAUUGGCGAAUUGCACAAACCUAGAAAUUUUGAAUCUGGGUCAUAAUUUCAUAGAAGAUGCUUUUCCAUUUUGGUUGGAGAACCUGCCCCAAUUGAAGGUUGUUGUCUUGCGAUAUAAUAAAUUCCAUGGUCCCAUAGAGCAACCAAGGAAGAGAUUAGCCUUCACCAAUUUACAUAUCAUUGACAUGUCUCACAAUGACUUUACAAGUACUUUGCCAUCAAAAUACUUUGAUAGUUGGGAUUCAAUGAUGAUGGCCAAUGAAGACAAAGCUCAGUCAAAAUACAUAGCCAUAUAUGAUUAUUAUUCGGUGACCAUAAUGAAUAAAGGAUAUGAAAUGGAAUACGUUAAGAUCCUCACCAUCUUCAAAUUAGUUGAUUUUUCACACAACAAGUUUCAUGGAAAGAUUCCCAUAUCUAUUGGAAGACUUAAAGCCCUUUGUGUCCUAAAUUUUUCAAGAAAUGGCUUCACAGGUCCGAUUCCAUUGUCCUUGGUGAAUCUAACUAAGCUUGAGUCCUUGGAUCUAUCCCAAAACAGGCUAUCUGGUAAGAUACCUCAAGAACUAACAAGCUUGACAUUCCUUGAAGUUUUUGAUGUCUCGCAAAAUAAUCUAACUGGGAUUAUACCACGAGGCCAGCAGUUUGAAACAUUUUCAAACACUUCAUAUGAGGGAAAUCUAGGCUUGUGCGGGUUUCCAUUGUCAAAGAAUUGUGGGAAUGUCCAAAUAGCAGAAUCACCAACUUUACCAUCCUCAUUUAGCCACAAUUUUAAGUUCAAAUUUGAUGGCUUUGGUUGGGAAGCUGUGUUGAUGGGAUAUGGGUGUGGAGUAUUGCUUGGUUGGUUGAUUGGAAGUUACAUUAUUCAAAGGAAAGAAGAAUGGCUCGUAAGGAUUUUUGGUGUAAAAAUGCGUCAGCAUGGAAAGAGAUCAAAGAAGAGUUACAAACCUAUGACAGUUCAAACUCAAGCAAUAGUGACAGCAAAAUCAGUAUUGAAAAGCUUUGAGGCGAAUUGCACAAACCUAGAAAUUUUGAAUGUGGGUCAUAAUUUCAUAGAAGAUGCUUUUGCAUUUUGGUUGGAGAACCUGCCCCAAUUGAAGAUUAUUGUCUUGCGAGAUAAUAAAUUCCAUGGUCCCAUAGAGCAACCAAGGAAGAGAUUAGCCUUCACCAAUUUACAUAUCAUUGACAUGUCUCACAAUGAAUUUACAGGCACUUUGCCAUCAGAAUACUUUGAGAGCAUGCAUUCAAUGAUGAUGGAUGAUAAAGACAAAUCCUCCUUAAAUUAUAUGGGCGUUUGUUAUGGUUAUUAUUCGGUAACCAUAAUGAAUAAAGGACUGGAAAUGACACUCGUAAGGAUCAUCACCAUCUUUAAAGCUGUUGAUUUCUCGCACAACAAGUUUGAUGGAAAGAUUCCCAUAUCUAUUGGAAGACUCAAAGCCCUCCGUGUCCUAAAUUUUUCAAGAAAUGGUUUCACAGGUCAGAUUCCAUUGUCCUUGUCGAAUCUAACUGAGCUUGAGUCCUUGGAUCUAUCCCAAAACAAGCUCUCUGGUGAGAUACCUCAACAACUAACAAGCUUGACAUUCCUUGAAGUUUUUGAUGUCUCACAAAAUAAUCUAACUGGGAUUAUACCACGGGUCCAGCAGUUUGAAACAUUUUCAAACACUUCAUAUGAGAGAAAUCUAGGCUUGUGCGGGUUUCCAUUGUCAAAGAAUUGUGGGAAUGUCCAGAUAGCAGAAUCACCAACUUUACCAUCCUCAUUUAGCCACAAUUUUAAGUUCAAAUUUGAUGGCUUUGGUUGGGAAGUUGUGUUGAUGGGAUAUGGGUGUGGCGUAUUGCUUGGUUUGUUGAUUGGAAGUUGCAUUAUUCGAAGGAAAGAAGAAUGGCUCGUAAGGAUUUUUGGUGUAAAAAUGUGUCAACAUGGGAAGAGAUCAAAGAAGGUUUGGAAGAAGAUAGCUCAUACAAAGUCAAUUAUAAAUUGUUUGUAG